UCAGUUUACUUGGGUGUGCAGAAGAGAUAGGCCGAUCACUCAUCGUCGGCGCUUUGUCACGUAUACCCGCCUUUCAUUUUCCUACGAGAUCUGUUCUUUCCGUCUUUCUUUAAUUUUCUUGUAAUUUCUAGUAACUCCUUUCGCCAUCUCUCUCAUUAUUUCACUUCGAUCUCUCCCUAUCUCUUCGAAAAAAAACAGGAAUUAUUGGAGGAACGUUUACAAGAAUUGAGUAAUUCGAAGUGCUACCGUGAAGGAAGAAAUAAACGCAUAUUGCUAACGGUAUACUGCGGGAAAUCUGUUACUUGGUUUUCGUGACUCGACUUUACCAGAAUGAAAUUUUCGCACAUCUUAGCAGUGUGCCUUCUAUGUGGGGUUGUGGCUUUAGGAGGCGAAAGUCCCGUAUGUCCUCUCCCGACACCUGGUCAAUGCGCAACAAACACAAACUCUACAGAGAAAGUAUGGCGCGUGAUUGGUUUGCAGCCCACCUUGAAGAAACUGGUGGGCCACUAUUCCCCCUUCAAAGUGUGGCAGAGGAAGACCCAGCAGAAGCAGCAGUUGGGCUACCAAGAGGUCCAGUACACGCAACCAAAGAGUACAGAGACCAGGUACUACAAGCCGAAAGAGUACGGGCCCCUUUUCUUCCAGCCGCAGUAUCAACCUGUCUCUUACGCCGACGAUAGUGUGUGAUGUGUGAUCUAUUUUAAUUUUAAAGCGAUGUCAAGAAAGGUAUUUUAAUUCACUUUAGGCGCCAGGUUUUAUGCGAUGUCUUUUAAUAAAGAUGACAGUAAA